UCGUUUGAUGUUCUGUCUGUAUGUUAUUGAUAUGUUGGAGUGAGUGACGUCACGCCGCGGAAAGAUGCUGCGAUGCUGCGCGUUACUGCGAGGAUGCUCGUGACAGCUCUGGCACGCGGGGCGUCAUCCGCGCUGGCUCGUUUUGGACGGAACCGGAUCCGCCGAACCGCAGCGAGAAGGUUCGACAGUGGAGCCAAAUAAGCAGAAACAAUCCUGCUGAAAAAUCCGGAUCAUCACCAGCAAUUCGGAUCAACACCCGGUGUUUAAAACGCUCUAAACUGGAAUCGAAGGGUCAAGUUUGUUAUAAACCUGGUCCUGCUCAUCUAGAAGGAAGUAUACUCUGUACUGGGUUGCAGAGCUUGUGCCCAUUGAACCCACCAGUAUUGAUCGAUCAGCUUGCUGCCAUGGCCAAUCGGGGGCCCAGUUACGGCCUGAGCCGAGAGGUGCAGGAGAAGAUCGAGCAGAAGUACGACCCGGACCUGGAGUCUCGUCUGGUGGACUGGAUAAUGCUGCAGUGUGGAGACGACCUGGUGCGUCCAGAACCUGGAAAACAGAACUUCCAGACCUGGCUCAUGGAUGGAACGAUCCUCUGUCGUCUCAUUAACAGUCUGUACCCCAGCGGGUCGGAGCCCAUCAAGAAGAUUCCAGAAACCAAGAUGGCGUUUAAGCAGAUGGAGAAGAUCUCCCAGUUCCUGGAGGCAGCAGAAGUUUACGGUGUGGUCAGGGGGGACAUCUUCCAGACAGUUGACCUGUGGGAAGGAAAGGAUUUGGCUGCAGUCCAGAGGACCCUCAUGGCUCUUGGAAGCGAGGCCCUCACCAAGGACGAUGGGCAUUACCAUGGCAACAAAGACUGGUUCCGCAGGAAAGCUAAAGGUCACAGGAGGGAGUUUUCGGAGGAGCAGCUCCGGCAGGGCCGCGCUCUGAUUGGUCUACAGAUGGGCAGUAAUCGCGGGGCGUCUCAGUCUGGAAUGGUGGGUUACGGGACCCCGCGGCAGAUCAUGCGGUACGACUCGCCCCGACGCAACGGGACCGACGCCCCGGAUCAAAGCCCCUCCUAAGCCCGGUAUCACCUAAACCCCGCCCCCCAAAAAUUACCCCACCCACCUCCAAAAAUAACUAAAAUUACCCUGCAGAAUUUCUCCAUUUCUCCUCUUUAAGUCACUGAUUUAUCACAGAUUUAUACAUUGAAUUUCCUCUAUCAUCAUCCGGGACUCAGGAAGGGCUAAUAAACCACUACAAUGAGGUAUAAUACAUAUAUAUAUAUAUAUAUAUAUAUAUAUAUAUAUAUAUAUAUUUAAACAUACAGUGAUGUCAUCAAUAAAUAAAUACUGCACCUUAUAUUGUAUUUCUAUUUAACUAACAGGGGUAAUGUGCAUGAUCUGAAUGUGAGAAAUCAGGAUUAGAUUAUUACAGUAUUAUGGGAUGAUGUUGAUGAUGCAGUGCUUUAAAUGUACAAUAAAUUAUAAUAUAUUUUAUUUCAUUAUUAUUUAGUGAAAUUUGCUAUUUCAUUUAUUUAGAAUACUAACAGAAUGAUUACAGAAUAAUUGGCUGCACUUGAACAUGGCAGCAGAAUAUAUUAUAUUUAAGUAUUUUAAAAUGCUGAUUAUUAUAUUAUAUAUAAAAAAUAAAGGCUUCAGUCUCUGAUUCAAGACAGUAAUUUUACAGUAGUUCAGCAUAUUUAACAUUUUGAGAUUUGUUUUUUUCAUUUUUAACCAAUAUGGAAAGUCAGAAUUAUAAGGAAAUAAGUAAAACAGUAUGAAAAUUUAAACACAAAAUAAAAAAGAAAUGAAAAAUAAUAUUUCAGUGUAUAGAGUAAUUCUGAAAAGUCAAAAAAUGACAAAAAUCUCAAGAAAAUAAGUAAUUACUGUGAGAAAAGUUAUAUUCAUUAAUAUUUACAUUAAUUAUUUUAAGAUCAGAACUUUGAGGUCAAAGUUAUGUGAAAGUUGAUGGUUUCUAAUCUAAUUUCAAGUAAUUGUUGAGAAAAUGGGUGAAACAAUGAAAAAAGAAUCUAGUUAUUUUAAGAGAACUGAUUAUUUUUAAAUCAGAGAUAAGAAAAUAAUUAAUUUUUUAAAUUAAAUUAUAUUAGAAAUUUUAGAAAUCUUAGAAAAAUUAGAAAUCAGUAAAAAAUAUGAGCAAAUACAUAUUUUGCAAAUUAAUUAAAAAAUAUAUAAUUAUUGAAACAUCUAAACAAGUAAUUAAAAAAGUACUAAAGUACUAAAAGAAAAUUAGAAAAUUGGAAUUUUGAAGAAAUAAAUCAAAUUGAGAUAUAAAUUCAACAUUUUUAAAAGAGAAACAAAUAAACACAUAAAAUCUGUCAUUAUUAGGAUAUUCUAAUACACAAUUUAGGCAUAUUCAUUAAAAUAUAAUCUUAAUAUUAAUAUAUAUUUUUUUAUUAAACAAGUCAUUGUGAUUUACUUUAAUUAAGAAAGAAAUAAAAAUAAGAGAAUUAGCCUUAAUAAAAAAAACAUAUUAUUUUAAUAUACUAAUUCACACUUACACUAACUGGCCCCGCCCACUUCCUGCGUCCC